AUGGGUAAAUCAAAGAAUUUACUUGAAAACGAAAGGAAACAAAUCGUAAGGCUGCGAAAGCAAAGUAAAACCUUCACCGAAAUAGCAAAUAUAGUGAACAGGUCAGAAACGGCUUGUAAGCAAGCUUGGUAUAAAUUUUUAAAGGCAGGCAUGUAUUGCGAUCAACCGAAAAACGGAAGACCACGGAAAACAACGCCGAAAAUGGAUCGCCGAAUUCAUCGAUUGAGCGGAAAGGAUCGUUUUCGUAGUGCAAAUAAUAUUGCUGUGGAAAUAAAUUAUAAAAACGAUACACAAAUUAGUGCUAGAACUAUUAGGAGAAGAUUAGAAGACUUUAACUUAGGAGGACGAAAACCCCAAAAGAAACCAUUGCUGAGUUCUAGGAAUCGAAAAAGACGACUUGCAUUUGCUAAAGCUCAAAAAUUCAAUCGAAAAUUUGUGGAGCAUCAUAAAAAAGACAGUACAAGGUUAUAA